UACCGAGACUAGGGGGAGGGCUGUUUUAAUUGUGGGUUUGGCCGACAGACGACUGGAGUGCCCUCCUCGGCUGUCUUAGUUGUAGCCGGAGGUCAUGUAAAUCGACCUUAAAAGAAUGCAUAAGCCAUAAAUUAAAAUAAACCCUCACCCAGGGGCUGAUCCAUAAGUAGACAAUAUCCAACCUGGACAAAACGAGCUUCAUUUACGAGUCGAUCUAAACCGCAUCCCCCCAAAGAAUAGAGACUAAAUGCAAAGUCACUUUCAUGAAUUCAAAGGCAAUUUACCAGUGAUUUCUGGGUGCUGGGGCUGACUUUUUGUGUGUAAUUAAGAAUGUCUUCCAAGCAAGCCACCUCUCCAUUUGCCUGUGCAGCUGAUGGAGAGGAAGCCAUGACCCAGGAUUUGACCUCAAGGGAAAAGGAAGAGGGCAAUGAUCAACAUGUGGCCUCCCAUCUGCCCCUGCACCCCAUAAUGCACAACAAACCUCACUCUGAGGAGCUACCAACACUUAUCAGUACCGUUCAACAAGAUGCUGACUGGGACAGUGUUCUGUCAUCCCAGCAAAGAAUGGAGUCAGAGAAUAAUAAGUUAUGUUCCCUAUAUUCCUUCCGAAAUACCUCUACCUCACCACAUAAGCCUGACGAAGGGAGUCGGGACCGUGAGAUAAUGAGCAGUGUUGCUUUUGGAACCCCAGAGCGCCGCCGAGGGAGCCUUGCUGAUGUGGUGGAUACACUGAAACAGAAGAAGCUUGAGGAGAUGACUCGGACUGAACAUGAGGAUUCCUCCUGCAUGGAAAAACUACUUUCAAAAGAUUGGAAGGAAAAAAUGGAAAGACUAAAUACAAGUGAACUUCUUGGAGAAAUUAAAGGAACACCUGAGAGCCUGGCAGAAAAAGAACGGCAGCUCUCCACUAUGAUUACCCAGCUGAUCAGUUUACGGGAGCAGCUCCUGGCAGCGCAUGAUGAACAGAAAAAACUGGCAGCCUCACAAAUUGAGAAACAACGGCAGCAAAUGGACCUUGCUCGCCAACAGCAAGAACAGAUUGCAAGACAACAGCAGCAACUUCUGCAACAGCAGCACAAAAUUAAUCUCCUGCAGCAACAGAUCCAGCAGGUUCAGGGUCACAUGCCUCCGCUCAUGAUCCCAAUUUUUCCACAUGACCAGCGGACCCUGGCAGCAGCUGCUGCUGCCCAACAGGGAUUCCUCUUCCCCCCUGGAAUAACAUACAAACCAGGUGAUAACUAUCCUGUACAGUUCAUUCCAUCAACAAUGGCAGCUGCUGCUGCUUCUGGACUCAGCCCUUUACAGCUCCAGAAAGGUCAUGUCUCUCACCCACAAAUUAACCCAAGGCUAAAGGGCAUAAGUGACCGUUUUGGCAGGAAUUUGGACACCUUUGAACAUGGUGGUGGCCACUCUUACAACCACCAACAGAUUGAGCAGCUCUACGCCGCUCAGCUGGCCAACAUGCAGGUGUCACCUGGAGCAAAGAUGCCAUCAACUCCGCAGCCUCCAAACACAGCAGGCGCCAUCUCACCUACUGGGAUAAAAAAUGAAAAGAGAGGGACCAGCCCUGUAACUCAAGUUAAGGAUGAAGCAGCAGCACAGCCGCUGAAUCUCUCAUCCAGACCCAAGACUGCAGAGCCUAUAAAGUCCCCAACAUCUCCCACCCAGAGCCUCUUCCCAGCCAGCAAAACUAGCCCUGUCAAUCUGCCAAACAAAAGCAGCAUCCCCAGCCCCAUUGGAGGAAGCUUGGGAAGAGGAUCCUCUUUAGGUAAAUGGAAAAGUCAACACCAGGAAGAGACUUAUGAAUUAGAUAUCUUGUCCAGUCUCAACUCCCCUGCCCUGUUUGGGGAUCAGGACACAGUGAUGAAAGCCAUUCAGGAGGCUCGGAAAAUGCGAGAACAGAUCCAGCGGGAGCAACAGCAGCAACAGCCACAUGGAAUUGAUGGAAAACUGUCCUCCAUGAAUAAUAUGGGACUGAACAACUGCAGGAAUGAAAAGGAAAGAACACGCUUUGAGAAUUUGGGGCCCCAGUUAACAGGAAAGUCAAGUGAAGAUGGAAAGCUGGGCCCAGGUGUCAUCGACCUUACUCGGCCAGAAGAUGCAGAGGGAAGUAAAGCAAUGAAUGGCUCUGCAGCUAAACUACAGCAGUAUUAUUGUUGGCCAACAGGAGGUGCCACUGUGGCUGAAGCUCGAGUCUACAGGGAUGCCCGAGGCCGGGCCAGCAGUGAGCCACACAUCAAGAGACCAAUGAAUGCAUUCAUGGUUUGGGCGAAGGACGAGAGGAGGAAAAUCCUUCAGGCCUUCCCUGACAUGCACAACUCCAACAUUAGUAAAAUAUUAGGAUCUCGCUGGAAAUCCAUGUCGAACCAGGAGAAGCAGCCUUAUUAUGAAGAGCAGGCCCGGCUAAGCAAGAUCCACUUAGAGAAGUAUCCAAACUAUAAAUACAAACCCCGGCCGAAACGCACCUGCAUUGUUGAUGGCAAAAAGCUCCGGAUCGGGGAGUAUAAGCAACUGAUGCGGUCUCGGCGACAAGAAAUGAGGCAGUUCUUUACUGUGGGGCAACAGCCUCAGAUUCCAAUCACCACAGGAACAGGUGUUGUGUAUCCUGGUGCUAUUACUAUGGCAACUACCACACCAUCACCUCAGAUGACAUCUGACUGCUCUAGCACCUCUGCCAGCCCGGAGCCCAGCCUCCCUGUCAUCCAGAGCACUUACGGAAUGAAGACAGACGGUGGAAGCCUCACUGGAACCGAAAUGAUGAACGGAGAGGAUGAAAUGGAAAUGUACGACGACUAUGAAGACGAUCCCAAAUCAGACUAUAGCAGUGAAAACGAAGCCCCGGAGGCUGUUAGUGCCAACUGAGGAGUUUUGUUUGCUGAAUUAAAAUACUCUGACAUUUCACCCCCCUCCCCAACAACAAGUUCUUAAAGAGCCCGCAUGCAUUUGUGGCUCCACAAUUACAUCAGCAGAAUGGUCUUAAUUGUUUCGUAAAGUGUGAGACAGAUUUCAGUUUUCCCUGAUUUUUCAUGAACUUGAGUUUUUUUGUCAUUAUUGUUAUUGUUGUUGUUGUUUUUUAAUUUAGGUGAAGACAUAUUAAAUAUGAGACACCAGGACUUGAAAACUUAUCUCAACCCAUAGCUGUCUUACAAGUCUUAUAUUUUUGUCUUACUUUUUUUUUUCUUUUGGAUGUUGAUAAAGGUUUAAGUUACUGUUUUAGAUGGGGUUAAACAUUCUCACUCAGGUAUGCUGUGCCAGCCUACAGGUUGUGAAUGUGUUUUUAUUCUGAAUUACUUUAGAAAACAACUGAGGAUUUCGUGUUGUGAAACAGGACAAGUCCACGGCUUGUGCAGCUGCAUGUAGAGCAUAUUAAAAAGGCCUCGGAAUUCCAUUUUUUUUUCACAUGUAAAGUUAAACUUUGAAUGUGCCAAACUUUUUCAUAACUUUUGAAUCUUAAUAUUUUGAAAGUCUUAAAGGAGACACUGCAAAGUCUUAGACAAUCUUUGGCAUCUUAAAAUAAAAUAGCAAACCACACCUUUUUUUUUCCAGAAAAUGGUAAAGUACUCAGGAAUCUGGAGACAAGAUAUUGUAAGGAAUGAACAAGGUUGCCACAGUGCAUGUACCCAAUUGUGUUUGCCUCUUGUUGUGCCAUCAGUGACGUGGUAUGACAUCCACACACCAGAGCCGUCCCCACACCAGAUACUAAUGCAUGGUCUUCUCUUCCUGAGACCACCUCUCACUACAUCCUGUAUCCCUUUGCCUUUAACCCUGACAUUCAGUCUUAACACAUUUUCUCUUAAAUAAUUUAUUCAUUCCAGAAUGUCAAGGGUCCACUUACUAUUUAUUUAAAAACAAAUUGUUGGUGGCAUUAAUUUAAUAAUUCUUGUUUUUCACCUUCUUUCCCUAAAGAGCUUUUUGCCCCUUUUCACCUCCUUCUCUGGCCAGAUACAAAAGAUGUACAUAGUGAUUUUAUGUCCCCAGAGCAUCUGGAAGCAUUUCUGAAACAAGGUAUAUUAAAUACCUGUAUUAUUGUUGUUUUUUUUUUAAGAUGAGUAUAUAUCUGGCUGCAGGGCUAUGCACUUGGGUCCACAGGUAUGCCCUGAGGUCCACUGUGACCUCAAAUCUUUGCCAGAAUUUCUCCCCCUAAUUUAGUUUAAUCUGCUUCAGUGGCAUUUCCCCUGAAUUCCAUUCAGCAGCAAAGGUCAACAGUGGUUGACUGCCAGGCAGGACAGUUAUGUAGCCAAAACUGAAGCCCAGGGCUUGUGGGCUACGUAGGAGUCUACAGGGAAACUGUCAUGGGCUGGUAACUUUACACUCUGCUGCCCUGUCCCAGCUGGUAGGUCCUGGGAAUUCUUUGCAAAAUCCCCAGAUGUAAGAAGCCACAUGACAGCCUCAAAGCAAAGGUGGAGGCAAAUAGUCAUGAUACAUGGAAGAAAAAGGGGGGAUACAUUCCCUAUACAGCAUGUUCCUACUGUUAACUCUGGGCAAAUGACAGAUUCUGGGGCAGCAUACCAGCUCCUCUGGCAGGCUCCCUGUGUCUGUGGCUGCAUAGGGGACAAGCCUACAUGUAAACAAGAUGAAUGGCAGUUAUGCCUCAAGGAGUGCUCUGGAGAUGUGCUGCUGGGCUGGGAGGCAGUGAGGUUCCAUUCCCCAUAUCCUAACUACAGGGAGCUCUAGGGUCCCAUUGUGAUCUUCCCAAACCAAGGACUGGUUCCCUAGGGGGAGCCUCACUCACCCAGAGUGGUUCAGUGGAGAGUGUCAGUUAAUGGGACAGUUCACCUCAUGGGACAACCCAGAACCUGAUCGCCAGGACAUAGGAACGGCCCCAUCAGAUUUCUUGAGCCAUUUUGUCACUUGGGAGAAAAUUGUAUACCUUCAUAUUUAUUUAAAGAGUGCUCCAGGCCAUACCUAAUAGCAAUAAGUAGGUCUAGCCAAAAUGUCACCAGCUGUGUCAUUAGCUGAGAGUGCUCUCUAUAAGCUGUUUAAGGUACUGAUAGGAAUGUUUUGUUCUUAAUAUUGGUUGGGGAUUGGAACUUUGUUCUUAUACAUUUAUUUCAAAUGAGGAGGAGGUUAUUUUUCUCAAAAAAUGAGUAUUUAUUAUGUCUUACUGAUUUCUUUGAUUAUGUACCUCUCCUCCUCAGUUCAGUCUCAUGUUGUUUCUCUUUCUCUUUGGCUUUGGCUUUUGCUCUCUUGCUUCUUUUUAUUGUGUUGCAUAGGUAGAGUGUUGUAUGGCUAGCAUUGUAGUGUAUGUAAUUAAUUUUGCACAAGGGCGAACCUUUAGCAUAGUAGGUUAAUUUUGUUUGUUUUUAUGACCAUGCCAAAAUAAUAUUCUGGGCUGUUGGAGAACAAAGGACUGUUCUUUGGGACUGAAACUUGAUUUUGCUUGUAGUAAGAAAAAAAAACAAAAAACACACACUCACAGAUGUUGUUUCGUAAGUGUUAUAAUCACUGGAUAUAAAUGGUAUUUUUUAUCACUUCUGACUAAUGUGAAACUGUUGUACGAAAACUACACGAACAAAAGUCAUCUGUUUCGACUCGUGUGGGCUUGCCUCACAGUUGCCGGAUUUGAGUCAUUUUUAUGUCUUGUUAUUUCAUUUAUUUAUGCAAAAUACAUAUGUGUAUGAACACUUUGUUUUAGCUCCAGCUCUGCCUCAGUACUGGGGUUUAGUAACUCGUAGCCAUGUUCUUAAAAAUGAAUGGCUAUUCAGGAACGAUCUGAUUGUAAACGUCUUUCAUUGGCUCAGAUAGUAAUGCUGUAUUUGAAUCUAAAUUUUGUGCAUACCCAGUUUAUUUUAUUUAUUAGCCAAGUUUGGCUCUAAAUAUCCAUGGAAAUUAAGAAUGACAAUCAUAGGGAUCACUUCAUUUUGUUUUCAGUGGGGCUUAAACAAAGUUUUUAUGACUUUCCCAUCUCAUUUUAGAUUUUUCUAAUUGUGUAAAUAUAACAUAGAAAUAGAAUUUAUUUUUGGUUCACAAAUAGUGAGUUAUAAGUUAUGUAUUUCCUUUUUGUUUUCUAUCCUUAUGUGUUGGUACAAACUAAAAGUUGACAAGUCACUGCACUUGCUGGGGAUGGUGAAUCAUCAGCUAUGAUGAGAGCGGCAUUCGCCCUGCAGCUGGGACAGCAAAAUCCUUUCUUUGGGCUCCCAUGCAGCAUAGAACCCACUGUACACAGAUCCAGGCUUUUCCCUUUUUCUCUUCUAAAAAGCUGAUGAGUUGAACAUAGUAAAUUUCCAGUACAGCUGAGAGAGUCAAUUUGCUUUGAGAAUUCACAUAAAUCUCCUAAGAUGGUUCUGUGACCAUUUAAUAGCAAGAAGCAUGAAUGCCAUUUUAAAGGAAAACAUUCACCUCUGAGAUUGGCCAUUAAUAAAAGUCCCACCAUGCCAGUUACAAUAAAAAGUGUUAAGUAACCUUUCUUCAGCACUAUUUCAUAGUAUCUUCAAAUCAGAGAUAAAAAUUUUAUCAGAGAUAGAAAUUAUUCACUUCAUUCAAGAAUUUACAGGAUCAGGGUUUUCUUUGUCACUUAGAAUGGGCACAUUGGUAGAUAAUCCUCUCCUUAAAAAAAUAAAUAUGGGCCGUAUGGAACAGGAAAGCGAAGGAAGGAAGGAGAGAAGGGGGAGAGAAAGGAAAGGUUCAUCUGCGGACAUUGGCAUCUGGGCCAGCAGUUUCUCUGCUUCACUGGCAGAUUCCAGCCAGUGUCCUUUGCAAGGAGGUAGGGAAGCUUUGUUGUUUUCCUGAGGACCAGCUCACCCUUUCAGGAGCACAUCAACUUGCUUCAUAUGGUAUCUGAUACUCUUCAGCCUUGUCCUCAGGCCUGAUUUGAUUUGCCAGGGUCCUGACACCAACUCCCAAGCCAAGUUCUAAAUUCAGGUGUGGGCUCACAGUGCUGUUGAGCUCGUCAAAUUCUGGCCUCUCCUGGACAUUAGCCCCACAGGACCCAGGGGUUUGAAAAGGGUGUGAUCACCCUAGGGCUGAAAUUAAAGGCUGCUUUCUUUGCCCUGUGAAGCCAGGCUGCUUUGAAGCACACCCUCCUGAGCCACAAGCACAGGCACAAACUGAAAGCGGGGAUUGUUUGGGGAAAGCCCAUCUCCCCUCAGUAGGAAGGCAGCCUGGUCAUCUGAACAACACAGCUGAAGCUGCUGCUUUCCAUCUACUCAUUUGCAGAGAAUUGACCUCUACCAACUCAUUAGGGAAAGAAAAACAAAUCACUUUGUAGUUUUAAACCACGAGAGAAGUCCUGUGCCAAGUGCCAACAACUGCAAAGAAAUGCAGCUAGAGGAAUGUAUUGAAAUUAUUACUGGGUCUUCCAUUUUAACGAGAAAGUGACAAAAAUGGUUGCUUUAGCCUUGCCUGAUGAUGUACACGUUUGUCCAAGGAUUGAGUUGGCACUUAAGCUCACUUCUUGAAGUAUAAUAAUAUCAUAUGACCUCAUUUGUCCUUUUACAAAGCACUUGCAUCAUUUCCUUAAGUCGUCUACCCCUGACAUGUUUUAUUGCUCAAUAAACAACUUCUGUCUGUUAUUCCUGCCAAUCACGCUCAGUUUCUGUUACCAUUUACUAUCGAACAUGCCCCUGUACUUAUAUCAUUGAAAAUAUUGAUAUGCAAACACAUUUCCUUUUCAUCCCCAUCCCAUUUUGUUCUUUGGGGACAGAUUGCUUUCUAAAAGCUCGUGAACAAGAAUUUGGAAUGCUGGCACCUUUAGGGCAGAGGUAGGGUAGGGUAGGGUAGGGAUGGACAGAUAGUGCUCCCUGCAGGUACUCUGUUACUCCGAGUUCUUGGCAAUAGGAAUGCUUGAAGGCAACUCAGUGACAUAUCUUGCUCAGCAGUUUCUUAUUCCUGAAGAACCACAGCAUAAAGUGAGGCCUCAGUGCUGGUGCUCUUGGAGUAUGGGGAAUGUGCAAAUAUUUAACUGUUUUGUAUGCUGCACAUUGCAGGUCUGCUCAUGUGCAUUCUCCAUUUGUCUUCCUUUGUCAUACGUGUUUUUGCUUUUCUGAAAGUGCAGUCUAUUGUACCCUUCUCCAGCUUGUAGCAAAUUAGAAUGCUUAGCAUUUAUGUUCAUUCAUUAUUGUAUUUGCCAUGUAAAAUUUUUAUUAUCUUAGACAAGCUUAUAAGCUGUUACUACAUAACUUAUCUUACUGUAACUCUUUUAUUUCCUGACAUUGUAAUUUGUUUGUGAUGUAUAUUGUGAGAUUGUAUUCUAUGUUAAUUUAAUCAGCACAAUUCACUGACAUGCUGGACUGACAUGCUGGCUGCUGUUUCGAAGUGUAAAGUUUGUGUAGGGCUGUUGGGACAACUAUAACUCUGUUGUCAAGGUACUGUGCUUUGGUUCCUAUAGCAACACUGUGGGUGUGGCCCUUGAGAUUCUAGGGACAUUUAAUACACCCUCAAUCAAAUUUUAACUGCAGAUUUUCUUUGUAGAAAUUCUAUGUAUAACGCAGGUACCUACUUGGCCCAUGGCUGGUAACUAUUUGGGCAAUUAGAAAAAAAAAACAUAAAAACUAGUGUCUAUUGCUGCUUUGAAUAUGUUUGAAAGUCUGAAAAUGUAAAUAGUUUAUCAAAAAAAAUCUUGUACAGUCCAGUGUAAAGUUUUUAAAUGACCUUAAGGGUUGCCAUCACAUCUUUCUUACACUCUCCUCUUGGUAAUGAAAAAAAAAGUUUGCUAAGGAUUAAAGAAAUGGAAAAAAAAAGAGGGAAUCACUUCAAAUUUAAAGGAAUGGAUCAUUGUUCUUAGCUUCAUUGCAUACACAAACCUCUUGGAUUUUGUUGUGCAGUAUUGAUGUGAGAUAAAACUCAGCAUCAAAUAAUCUUUCAGUGGUACUUUUCCAAGUCUUCCCCUCCUCUGCCUCAUAAUUAAGGGAAAAGACAAAAGUGAAAGACGCACUGUCUUUGUCUAUCCUGGUGUAUGUUGGCACCUUAGCUACUUUUUUUUUCCUUUUUGCACAAGGUGCUUUCCUGAUAUGUUCGACAUGCCAUCCUUGGGUGAUAAUGUGUAUGCCAUGAUGGGGCGCAGGCCCGCAGGGGAGUGUCUAUAAGAACUGCCUAUUUAUGCUCAUUUACCUCAAGACUGUCCUCUCUACCCUAAUCUAGUUGUCAUCACUCCAUCUUUUGUACUGCUGUUGACACUUACCAAUUAAAGAUAAAUUUUGUUUUAUGA